AAGAGAGCGCGUGUAAAACUAAAACCCCUGCCCUUUCCUCUAUCCUUUCUUUCUUCAUUUCCAAUCUUAAAACCCUCACAUCACAACAACUCGCUUCUCACUCCUUUACAGGCUUUCUUUGUUUAACUGCAAUUGGAUAGUGCAAUGAUGGCUUCCCUUUCUUUCCCUCAUUUUCUCUCACUUUCCAGGUGGAAAUCAAAUUCUAUUUGUUACCCAGCACUGAACUUAGUGCGACCUCUGGAUUUCCGGUUGCAGAACAAAUGGUGUCUCUCAGCCAAGAAAAAUGCUGACAUUACUCAAGAUGAACCUAGUGAAAAUGGGGCAGUUGUCAAGAAGAAGACUUCUGGAACUACUAGAAGAACUAGAAAGAAAGCAAAAGCUGAUGUGCUCGAUGAAACUGGUUCCGAUAAUGAUGAAGGCACCACGUCUGUAUCAAGCGAAGAUAGUAAGAAAACCCCAAGAAGGACUAGAAAGAAAGUGGCAUCAGCUUCUACUACUGACAAUGAACCCGAACCGGAGAAAAGGGCAAGGAGGAGAAGAACAAUGAAGAAGGACGGUGAGGCAGACGGGCAAUCAGGUGAAUCUGAAAUUAGUGAUACAGAGGAGUCAACUUUAAUGGCAAAUUCAGGUGAUGAGAGUGAGGAAGACCUCGAAUUGAACAUAGAUAAAGGUGAAGAUAUUAGUUAUACUUAUGGCUGGCCUCCACUUGUUUGUUGCUUUGGAGCUGCACAGCAUGCUUUUGUUCCCUCUGGAAGACCAGCCAACAGACUUAUAGACUAUGAGAUCCAUGAGAGGAUGAAGGAUGCUCGAUGGGCACCAGAAAAAUUCGUUAGGGCACCUGGGGGUUGUGCUGGUAGUGUCGCUCUUGCUCUUGCUAGCUUGGGUGGUAAAGUUUCCUUUAUGGGGAAACUCGGGAAUGAUGAUUAUGGCCAGGCCAUGCUAUUGUAUUUAAAUGUAAACAAUGUUCAAACUAGAUCGGUUCAAAUUGAUAGUAAAAGGCCAACAGCUAUAUCACAGAUGAAAAUUAGCAAGAGGGGUCGCCUGAGAAUGACUAGCCUUAAAUCAUGUGCUGAGGAUUCUCUUUCCAAGUCCGAGAUCAAUAUUGACGUGUUAAAAGAGGCGAAGAUGUUCUACUUCAACACACAUUCUCUGCUCGAUCGGAACAUGAGAUUAACUACAUUGAGAGCUAUCAAGAUGUCCAAGAAAUUAGGAGGGGUUAUUUUCUACGAUGUAAACCUUCCGCUGCCACUUUGGCAGUCCGAUGAAGAGACCAAGAUGUUCAUACAAGAAGCAUGGAACCUUGCUGAUUUUAUUGAGGUUACCAAGCAAGAACUGGAGUUCCUCUGUAGAAUAAAGCCUACGGAAGAAUUCGACACCAAGAACAAUGCAAGCUCGAAAUUUAUCCAUUAUGAUCACGAAGUGGUUGCGCCACUUUGGCAUGAAAAUCUCAAGACUUUGUUUGUAACAAAUGGGACUUCCAAGAUACACUAUUACACUAAGGAGCAAAAUGGGGCAGUGAAUGGGAUGGAGGAUGCCCCCUUAACCCCUUUCUCACGUGAUAUGUCAGCAUCAGGAGAUGGCAUUGUUGCAGGUCUGCUGAGAAUGUUGAGUGUUCAGCCAGAUCUGAUUUCAGAUACAGGAUACUUGGAACACACAAUCAAGUAUGCAAUUGACUGUGGGGUCAUAGACCAGUGGAUAGUUUCACGCACACGGGGCUUCCCUCCGAAGGAGGGUAUCCAAGAGGAAGGAGAAAAAGAACAGGAAGAAGUAGAAGAUGAUAAUGAUGAUGACACGGUCCCUGAUCCAAAUGGCAUAAGAUCAAUAAGCGAAAGAGAAUACCGCACAUUGGUGGAAUCAGCAGAUAUAUCAGAAUAUGGCACAUUGUUGGAAUCGGUAAGAAUGUCUUAGAUGUAGUACUGACUCAUACAGUUUAAUUCAUUGUAUGCCUUGGAAAGUUUCUUUCCACUGUAAAUUAAGCCGAGUGUUUUGGUCCUCUUUCAACUGUCUCGUUCACUUGGAAACCAAUUUUGAAUGAAUGAAAGAGCACAUAUAUUCAAUCUCA